AUGAGAUUCAAGUUAGAGAAAAGUAACAAAGACUUAACUGAUUCCAUUGAGAAAAGAAUCACCAAAGUACUCAGAGAUCUUCUGAAAAAGAAGAUGAUCGAUAACUCUACUUACAAUAAUCUACGACCUCGUGGGUCUCGUUUGCCCCACAUGUAUGGACUACCGAAAAUACAUAAACAAGGUUAUCCUCUUAGACCUAUUUUGUCAAUGAUCAAUUCACCAUACCACAAAGUUGCACGAUGGUUGGCAGAUAAGUUAGAACCAGUGCGUCAACGAUUAGCCAUCUAUACACUAAAGGAUUCAUUUGUAUUUGCUGACAGCAUAAAUCACAUAAAUAUUGCCGGUAAGUUUAUGGUUUCUUUUGAUGUAACAUCUUUGUUUACAAAAAUACCACUUCUUGAGACCAUAGACAUAAUUUGUCAACAUUCUGACAUCCUACCUCUACCAGUACCAGAAUUCAAACGACUAUUACUCAUUUGUACAAAAGACGUUCAGUUCCAGUUCAACGAUAUCAUAUACAAACAAACCGAUGUUGUAGCGAUGGGAAGUCCGUUAGGUCCUGUCCUAGCAGAUAUUUUUAUGGCUAACCAAACUCAAACGAGCGAUUGAUGAAAUGACGUAUUAUUCGAGGUAUGUUGAUGAUACCUUCAUCGUAUGUAAUAAUAAACAACAUGCAAUAAAUCUGCUAGAGUUUUUCAACGAAGCACA